UUUUAGAUAAACAUUGUGACGUAGUCGGCAACAAUGGCAGCCAGCGGCACAGCUGUGACAGUCCUGACUCCAAAUGGGAGACGACAGACUGUCAAAGUGUCCCCAAACACACCUUUACUGCAGGUGCUGGAGGAUGUCUGCAAAAAGCACGGUUUUAGCUCUGAAGAUCACGGUUUGAAAUUUCAAAGAAUGGUUCUGGAUUUGACACUGCAGUGGAGAUUUGCCAACCUGCCAAACAAUGCUAAACUUGAAAUGGUGCCAAGUACAAAGAAAACGGCGGCUGCUGACAGCCAGGUGCGAAUUGCUCUGCAGAUGGAGGACGGUUCUCGUCUGCAGGGCUCUUUCUCUUCAGGACAGAAUCUGUGGGAACUGCUCACACACUUCCCCCAGAUCAGUGUGGUGCAGCUGUCUGAGCCAGGAGUCAUCCCAGUCUGUGUUUACAUGAGGGAUGAGGUGGCUGGAGAAGAAGCUCUUAAAAAUGCCACUCUGAAGUCCCUUGGUCUCACAGGAGGAAGUGCCAUUGUCAGGUUUUUGAUCAAGAGGAACAAAAUGCACGAAGAGCAGAAAGGUGAGGAGCUUGUUGAGCCAACUGCUAUGGCACCUGCACCUGUUGCCCCCGAAAACACACCACACCCCACCCCUCAACUUGACCAUGCUCCACUGCAGCCUGCAACAGUGACUCCAGAUGAGCCGAGCUCCAGGACAGACAGGUCAAAGGCGAUCCCACUCACAGCAAAUACUGACAAUACGACAUGUCCAACCAGUUCAGCCUCUGAACAACAAGACAAAGGUGUGAACUCCCAGGAUACAGUGCGGUCUAAAGAGCCUCUAGUCCCAACGUCGGAGGUACCUUGCUGCUCCUCCUCCACCCAUGUUCCAUCUGCCGCUUCUGCUCCAUUUAUCCCAUUCUCUGGAGGGGGGCAGAGAUUGGGCGGUCCCGGCGGGGCUACAUCAGUACGACCAUCAUUGAUAGGACAGGGCUUUGUGGUUGAAUCACCCAAAGCCAAGAAACCAAAGUCAUCUCACAAGUCAAACAACAAGCCAGCUGUCUGCCAUGAAGAAGACAUGGAUCAAGUAGAAGAAUUUCUGGAGUUGGUUGAGAGGGAGUCGCUUGUCUAUCAUAUGGACUGUCAGUUGCACCAUUCGAAUGAUACAGACCUCCCUGAUGAGUUCUUUGAGGUCACAGUUGAUGAUGUUCGAAAACGGUUUGCCCAGCUCAAGAGUGAAAGGAAGCUCCUGGAGGAGGCUCCGCUCAUGACUAAAGCUCUGAGAGAAGCCCAGAUGAGGGAGAAAUUGCAGCGAUAUCCAAAAGUGGUCCUGAGGAUCCAGUUCCCAGACAGACACGUUCUACAAGGUUUCUUCAGGCCCUUGGAGACAGUGGGAGCUCUGAGGCAGUUUAUCAGAAGUCACCUGGAAGAUCCACAGCUCUCCUUCUACUUGUUUAUCACUCCACCUAAAACCAUUUUGAAAGAUCCUUCAGUGACACUGUACCAGGCAGACCUGUUUCCGGGUGCACUAGUCUACUUUGGGUCUGAUGUAAAGACAGACACCUACUUAAAGACAGAGCUGCUAGACUCUUCAGUUUCGGCCUUACAAGCAAACGAGUCAAUCGCGAGUUUUCUCCCAUCACAAACGCCAUCGGAGAGCCAUCAGUACCAAGAGGAGCCAGAGUCUUCACCACAGCAGGACAUGGACACCAGCGGACCAUCUCAUGAAGACCCACCCAGCCAGAGUCAGUCCCCCAAACCCAGGUCUGAUCCAGGGAAGGUCCCCAAGUGGCUCAAACUCCCAGGUAAGAACGGCAGGCUAAACUCUCUGCUCAUCAACUAAACUACAUCACAAUGUCCUCUAAUCAAACUAUGUCAGAAUUAGUUGGUUAAUUAAUAAUCAUGAUCCCGUGCAGCUCUCAUAAUUGUAAAAAUAAAAACAAAGAGGAUAACAAAAACAGAUAAAGUAAAACACUAUCUGUCUCUUUACAUCACAUUAACACAUUCAGAAUGUUUGAUGUCAUAAAGCUGGUCACAUACGAGAAGAAGUGUGAUCAUUUAGACAAU